AUGACAUCUCGAGCUGAUAGACUUGCCAAGUUCUUCUCUCUCAUUCUCAGCGGGAAAAGAACUGUUACCACUGUGGAAAACUUUACUUUACUACUAGAAUCUAUCCAGGAUCUGAGUGAUCAUGCAGCCUGUGCCGAACGCAUUAUCGCAAGUCCUUCUGCACGAACCGCUAUUCACACUGGCAUACGGUUCAACACUAAGCCUGACUUCCUCAACAUCCAUACGUCUUCGUUGAUACACUAUCUAAUCGAUCCUGCCGUCAAGAAAUUAUGCAAUGGGCAAAUUCUGCACGACUUCCUCGAUCUGAUUGUUGAACCCCCCACUGUAUGGAAUGCUUUUAUGGAGGCUUUCCUCGGCGGUCAACUUACAGAGCCAGCCACCGAAGCUUUUGUAUGGCUUUUGAUCGAGAUCCUGGGUCGAUCGUCAGUUAGCCAAAUUGAUGUGCUCGGUGAUGCCAAAAGAGUCGGCAAUAAUGACUUCCUUCUUCGAGCAACGUCGCCAGAAACCCGCCGUUACGGACGAAAGUUGCUUCAAAUCUUACAGCUUAGAACAAGCAACACUGUUGUACAAGACGUGAAUUAUAUCCCCGGUGGCCGUCACGACAAUGAUCAUGCCGAUUUUCACCAAAUCGCCAUCUACCCGACUCAUGACGAGUUUCGCUCAUCAGACAAACCAUUUUACCGUCGUGCAGAGGAAAUCCAACAACUCCCAGUAGAGGCCCGUGUCGCAGGGCACCUUGACAACCAGUUUCGGCUUCUGCGCGAGGACAUGCUCUCAGAGAUACGAGAAGAGCUUCGGUUUACCGGCGGGAAGAAGAAGAAACGCCGUAUAGCUACGUUGCUGCAGGGGUUGUUUUUGGACCAGGUUUUUUGCGGCACCGACAAGCGGAGAUCUCCCUGUGGGCUUGUCAUCUCAUGUAUCCAAGGCUUAGAAACUUUGACUUCGCGAGGUAAAGAAGAACGAAAGACUUUCCUCAAGAGUGACCGCGGCUAUCUUCGCCAUCAAUCCUUCGGCUGUCUACUGCGCGGACAGGAAAUUAUCUCAUUUGCCGCACUGGACAGACAAGUCGAUUACCUUCUCGAGAGCCCUCCACGUAUUACGCUACGGGUAAUAGGGGAUGAGGCGGCCCGAAAAACGUUGUCGUACUUCAAGCUCUACAAGGAUAUUCAGUUUCUGCUGGUCGACGCCCCCGUUUUCGCCUAUGAACCUAUUCUUAGGCGCCUUAAAGAGAAAGUAGACCUCCCUCUUUCGAGUGAUCUGUUAUCAUAUGAGCGUGAUAGUGCUAUAUCACAUUCUGACGCGUUUCCUUUGGCGUUGGCUGAUGCUCUGGGCGACGAGUAUACGCAACUGCAGGAUAUUCUCAAAACCGAAAAGCCCAUCAUCCUGGAUCCCUCACAGAAGGAGUCUUUGAUAUCCGGCCUCACUCAAAGUGUGAGUCUUAUCCAAGGGCCACCAGGAACGGGAAAGUCAUUUGUCGGAGCGCUGAUAGCGAAGGCGCUGUUCAUCCACAGCAAAGAAACCAUCCUGGUGAUGUGCUAUACCAAUCAUGCCUUAGACCAGUUUCUUGAAGACCUAAUGGAUAUCGGAAUAACGUCCUCGGCCAUUGUUCGGCUAGGGUCAAAAUCGUCUCAAAGGACCGAAUCGCUCAGUCUUUUUGCGCAGCAAUCCAACUACCAUCGCACCUCGGCUCAGUGGCAGAGAAUUGACGAGCUGAAUGGUAAAUUCAAAGCUCUGGAAGAAGAACUUAAUACGGCGUUCAGUGCGUAUUUGAAUUUCAAGCUUAAUUACGCCACCAUGAUAGAAUUUCUAGAAUUCGAAGAGCCUGCGUUUUUUGAAGCUUUCAUGCCGCCGGUAGAGCUUGAAGGAAUGGCUCUUGUUGGAGCAGGAGGAGAAUCUGUUACUGGGAAAUACUUGUUUGAGAGAUGGUCUCAAGGAAAGAGUCAUUCUAUGCCAUCGCUCAGUCAUCUUAAUGAGCAGGCCCGUCAAGUGUGGGAGAUGGAUACUUCAGCUCGACAAUCCAAAAUAACUUGCUGGAGUGAAAUGCUCCUGGAGGAACAGGUGGCCAAUGUUCAGAGCCUGAUAACCAGAAUGGAUAAUUGCCAGGAGAAACUUGCGGAGAUGUGGAGCGAGAAAAAGCGUGAUAUCCUGCUGUCGAAGCGGAUAAUCGGGUGCACAACAACUGCAGCUGCGAUGAACGCCAAAGACAUCAGCGCGAUCUCGCCGGGGAUCGUGCUUUUGGAGGAAGCUGGUGAAAUUCUUGAAUCGCAUGUCCUUACUGCCCUCGGAUCCCACACGAAACAAUUGAUUAUGAUCGGUGACCAUCAGCAACUGCGUCCGAAGAUCAACAACUACGCUUUAUCAGUGGAAAAUGGUUCGGGAUAUGAUCUGAAUCGAUCGCUCUUCGAACGACUCGUGGAAGCAGGAUACCCUCAUUCCACUCUCGCGAAGCAACAUCGCAUGGUCCCUGAGAUAUCCUCUUUGGUGCGAAGUCUCACAUACCCCGACCUACUAGACGAUGACAAAACAUUGAACCGCCCAGCACCGAGAGGACUACAAGAUCGCGUCAUAUUUCUCGAUCACACACAUGCAGAGAAUAAUUUGCGAGAUGUUUCGGACAGAAAUGAUGUUGGAGGCACAGGGAGCAAGCAGAACUCAUUCGAGGUACAGCUCGUCCUCAAAAUUAUUAAAUACCUAGGCCAGCAAGGCUACGGAACGGAUAAGUUAGUCGUCCUUACACCAUACCUUGGACAGCUACAUCUGCUCCGUGAAGAGCUUCGCAGAGAAACCGAUCCCGUGCUGAAUGAUCUGGAUUCAUAUGACUUGGUCCGAGCCGGCUUGAUAUCCCAGGCAAGUGCUCGGCAUAUCAAACGGCCGAUUAAAUUGUCCACCAUCGACAAUUAUCAAGGCGAAGAGAGCGAAAUUGUGAUCGCUACCCUCACCAGAGGCAACAAGGAUGGGGACAUCGGCUUCAUGUCAGCUCCGCAACGGUUGAACGUACUAUUAUCUCGAGCUCGAGACGUUCUAAUUAUGAUCGGGAACUCUAAAACAUUUAUCAAGAGUCGAAAGGGCAACGAAGUCUGGAAACCGUUCAUCAACCAGCUUCAAGAGAACGGACACCUAUAUGAUGGGUUUCCAGUCAAAUGCGAGCAGCAUCCCCAACGAACAGCGGUACUUGGAGCCCCCAAUGAUUUCGACAAGUUAUGCCCAGAUGGAGGAUGUGACCAGCCAUGCGGGACAAAGCUAAGCUGUGGAUUACACGACUGUCCACAUAAGUGCCAUCAACUAUCCGAUCAUUCGAAGAUGGACUGUUACAAAGUAGUGGAUUGGACUUGUACUCUCAACCAUAAGGUUACAAGGCCCUGCUUCCAACAGAAAAACGCAUGCCACCACUGUGCAGAAGAGGAUAAGGAGCUUGAGCGCCGGCGGGAAAGAGAUAUGCAACUCGAUUUGGACCGAGAGGCCAAACAGAAGGCUUAUGCCAGACAGCUGGCCCUGAUCAAGGAGGAAAUUGCGCAUGAAAGACGGCUUCAGAAAGAGUACCAAGACGAAGAGGAGAGACAGCGAACUCUCAAACAACAGCAACAGGACCUCGAACGACUGAAAGAUCGUGCCACUGCUCAGUCCCAACAAAAUCACUUGGUGGCUGAUGACACCGACGAACAACACACAUCUCCCAGCGAGGAUCAUACUCAGGGCACUGCCAGUAAAACAGGGCCGUCGGAAAGUACCAACGACCCGGACGUUUUAAAGGCCCUAUCGUCCGCUGAGCAAGACUGGGAUUACCAAAAGCAGUACGAAUGGGCACAAAGCGAGGAGCUAGACAAGCUGAUGGCCAUGAUUGGCUUGGAAAGCAUCAAGACUAAAUUCCUCGCUAUCAAAUCUCAAGUUGAUGCGGCCGUGAGACAGAAAGUUGACUUCAAAGGGGAACGGUUUGGAUCGGUGUUGCUUGGAAACCCAGGAACAGGGAAAACGACAGUUGCGCGGCUUUACGCAAAAUUCCUAACAUCCAUGGGCAUCAUUCCUGGUAGCUUCAUUGUAGAAACCACCGGGUCUCGUCUAGCAAAUGGCGGCGUGUCGGGCUGCGAGAAACAGAUCAACAACAUUCUCAACAACGGUGGGGGUGUUCUUUUUAUUGACGAGGCUUAUCAGCUAGCACAAGGAAGCGGAAAUGGCUCCCAGGUUCUUGACUUCCUACUUGCAGAGAUUGAAAACCUGACCGGGAAGGUUGUUGUCGUCCUCGCAGGCUAUCGAAGGCAAAUGGAGAAAUUCUUCGCUCAUAACCCUGGACUGCCGAGUCGAUUCCCACAUGAGGUUGUAUUUGAGGACUACACCGAAGCAGAAUUACGUUUAAUUCUACGGUACCAGAUCAAUAAGAAGUUCCAAGGAAGGAUGAAAGCCGAACAGGGAAUGAGCGGUCUCUAUUGUCGGAUUGUUGCUCGGCGGAUUAGCAGACAACGAGGUCACGAAGGAUUUGGAAACGCCCGGACGGUAGAAAAUGCUCUUGCGACCAUACUCCAACGUCAGGCAAAACGUCUAUCACGCGAACGAAGAAAAAAGGUCUCCCCUGACGACCUCCUCCUCACUAAAGAAGAUCUAAUUGGCCCUGAGCCAAGCAAAGCAUUAAACGGGUGUGCUGCAUGGGGAAAGCUCCAGAGUAUGAUUGGCCUCGCCUCGGUCAAGAAUACAGUUCGUGCUCUGCUUGAUAGUAUACAAAGCAACUACGAGCGUGAACUCAAAGAGGAACCUUUGGUGGAGUUUACUUUGAAUCGAGUGUUUCUAGGGUCUCCUGGAACAGGGAAAACAAGUGUAGCAAAACUCUACGGGGAGAUCCUAGUCGACAUCGGGUAUUUAUCGAACGGUGAAGUCAUUGUCAAGAAUCCUGCAAACUUUGUGGGUAGUGUUUUGGGGCAAUCCGAACAAAACACUAAAGGCAUUUUGGCUUCCACCCUCGGCAAAGUCCUAGUCAUUGACGAGGCUUAUGGCCUUUCCGGCGGUGGAGGUCGCAAGGGAGGUGGCUUCCAGACAGACCCGUACAAAACAGCAGUAGUCGACACAAUCGUUGCAGAAGUUCAGAGCAACCCUGGGGACGAUCGUUGUGUAUUACUGCUUGGAUACCAAGACCAGAUGACGGAAAUGUUUCAGAACGUGAAUCCCGGACUAUCGCGGAGAUUCCCUAUGGAUUCUGCAUUUAUAUUUGAAGAUUUCUCUGAUGAUGAGCUUGGAAAGAUCCUAGAUCUGAAAUUGAAACAGCAAGGGUUCGAGGUGUGCAAGAAGGGGAGAAAGGUGGCCUUGGAGAUCCUUGCUCGUGCGCGUAACCGUCCACACUUUGGAAAUGCGGGAGAAAUCGACAUUCUCUUGAAUGGAGCCAAGAUUCGUCAGCAGCAAAGGCGUUCAUCAGGAUCAAAAAGUUCGGCUUCGAACCGACUAGAGCCGCAGGACCUUGAUCCCGAAUACGAUCGUGGAGAACGGACAGAAACAAAUAUCCCAAUGCUAUUCCAGGACAUAGUGGGGUGUGAGACAAUCGUCAACAAGCUUGAGGGUUAUCGCCAGACGGUUAAAAACAUGAGAGACUUGGACAUGGAUCCUAAGGAACAGGUUCCCUUCAACUUUCUUUUCCGCGGGCCACCAGGAACCGGGAAAACGAGUACCGCUAGGAAAAUGGGCAAAGUCUAUUACGACAUGGGUCUCUUAUCAUCUGCGGAAGUCAUUGAGAGCUCUGCAACGGACCUAGUAGGAGAAUACAUUGGGCAUACCGGUCCUAAAACCCAGGACUUGCUGGAGAAGGCGCUUGGCAAGGUUAUUCUUAUCGAUGAGGCGUACCGUCUCGCCGAAGGGCAAUUCGCAAAGGAGGCAAUGGACGAGAUUGUGGACUGUAUCACGAAGCCCAAAUUCUUCCAGAAGCUCAUCAUAAUCCUGGCUGGGUACGAUAAGGAUAUCAACCGCCUAAUGGCCAUUAACCCCGGAUUGACUAGUCGCUUCCCGGAGGAGCUUGAAUUCGCAGGUCUCUCGCCAAACGACUGCAUCCAACUGCUCACAAAAUUGCUCCAGAAGCAGAAGUCUAAACUUCAGUCCAAGGUACACAGUUUCAACAUGGAUUCACUAGAGUCACCGAGACCAGAAUUUGGUAGACAAAUUAUGGAUCGGUUUUCUAUACUCACUCAGACUGCGAAUUGGGCCAAUGCACGCGAUGUGCAGACGCUGGGGAAGGCUAUAUUCGGUGAAGCCCUUCGGUCCAUGCAAAACAAGGAGCUUUUAAUAUCCGAGACGCUUAUCCUGAGCAAGGUCGAUGGCAUGAUAUCGGGGCGAACAAGUCGAGCGACGGAAGUGUCAUCGCCCAAAAAUGGUAUAACCGACUUACUACAAAGGCAGGCGUUCAAUAGGCAACCAGCACAUCCAGUGCUGACCACAACACCAGGUCCACCCGUAGCGCUUGAAACAACGGAAGAGAAGAAAGAUGUACCUCCUCCAGCUUCUGAGAGUCCUCCAAAUACGGCUCCUCGGGAUGCGGGAGUAUCAGAUGACGUCUGGCAACAAUUGGAACAAGAUAAGCAGGCGGAGAAAGAAGCGGAAUCGCAGCAUCAAACACUUGUUAAUGAGGAACGCAUGGCUGAGAAAGCACUUCAAGAGCUCCCAGAGCCGCCAGAAGACGAUUCCGAUCCAGACGACGAGGCUAAACGGGAGCACGAACGACGACGUCUUGAGGAGUUAAAGAGACGCGCCAGACUAGAAGAGCUACGAAGAGAACGAGAGGAGAAGGAGAAGGCUAGACGCGAAGAGCAGAGAAUCCAACAGAAGCUUAGACAGAUGGGCGUUUGUGUUGCUGGGUUUCGAUGGAUUAAACAGGCCUCGGGUUAUCGUUGUGCUGGUGGGAGUCACUAUAUUUCGAAUGAGGCCUUGGGGAUUUAG